GAAUUUAGAGCCAUCGCGUCUUAAAUGAUUGCAUUGGAUGGCAAGAUCGGUGGGCGCGGGAUCCUUGUGCAGGAGCCGAGGUAGAUGUAAAUACGCUGUUUAUCGCACGGACACACACACACACUCGGGUGCUGCUUGCUUUUAAGGAGGAGCUUUACACAGGUUCCAACAGCCUCGGUUACCCCGGCACAGGCUGCGGCUCCCAGGGAAGAUGUGUGUGGAUAAGGACACGUCCGAGUGCCCGCUCUCGGUCUCUGUCUCCUCGGAGGAGAUCCAGACGCUCAGCGGCUCGGUUCCGAUCGGCGACUCGGCAUCCAGCCCGGCGGAGAAAUUCCGGGCGCUCUACCGGCUGCGCCCGCACAUCGCAGCGGGGGUGCUGAGCUUCGGCUACGUGGUGAAUUACAUGGAUCGCUACACUGUGGCAGGUGUGUUGGCGGACAUCCAAAGACACUUUGGAGUGAGCGACAGCAAAUCCGGACUGUUGCCUACAGCUUUCAUCUGCAGUUUCAUGGUGGCCACGCCAAUCUUUGGUUUCCUAGGCGACCGCUUCAACAGGAAGUUCAUCCUGAGUUGUGGGAUAUUCUUCUGGUCGGCAAUCACCUUGUCCAGCUCCUUCAUCACCAAGCCGAAUUUCUGGAUGUUUCUCGUCUCAAGAGGCUUGGUGGGGUUCGGCGAAGCCAGUUACUCCACGAUUGCUCCCACCAUCAUCGCUGACCUCUUCACCAAGGACACCAGGACCUGCAUGCUCUCCUUCUUCUACUUCGCCAUCCCGCUGGGAAGUGGGCUGGGAUAUAUCCUGGGCUCCAGCAUGACACAGGCCUCUGGAGACUGGCACUGGGCACUUCGGGUGACUCCAGCCAUGGGUUUUGCAGCCGGGAGCCUCAUCAUCCUACUGGUGCCCGAGCCAAAGAGAGGGGCAGCCGACCAGCAUCAGGUCCAGCUCAGGGCCAGCACGUCCUGGAGCAAGGACAUGAAGGCCGUCAUUAAGAUACCAAGCUUUGUGUUCUCCACGCUGGCCUCAGCCUCGGUGUCCUUUGCCACUGGGGUGCUGGGGAUGUGGAUCCCCCUCUACCUGUUCCGCGCGGAGGUGGUGCAGAAGAACAUCGAGCCCUGCACUGUGGAGCCCUGCAGCGGCAGAGACAGUCUGAUAUUUGGCGCAAUUACCUGUGUCACUGGGUUCCUGGGACUGAUUGUGGGAGUGGCAGCAACGCGGUGGUAUCGUACAAAGAGCUCGCGAGCCGAUCCCCUGGUCUGUGCGUUUGGAAUGCUCAGCUCGUCCAUAUUCAUCAGCCUGAUCUUCGUGUUCGCCCGCUUCAACAUUGUGGGAGCCUACCUGUGUAUAUUUAUAGGAGAAGUACUCCUCUUCUUGAACUGGGCCAUCACAGCAGACAUCCUCAUGUACGUUGUCAUCCCGACUCGCCGCUCAACAGCUGUGGCCUUGCAGAGUUUCACCUCUCACCUGUUUGGCGACGCGGGGAGCCCCUAUCUAAUAGGUGUGAUCUCAGACGUCAUCAGGCAGAGUAAGCCCGAUUUAGACCUGUGGGAAUUCCUCAGCCUGGGCUAUGCUCUCAUGCUGUGCCCAUUCGUCAUUGUCCUCGGAGGGACCUUCUUCCUGGCCACAGCCCAUUACAUUGUACAUGACCGGAACAGAGCAAAUCAACAGGUGGAAGAAAUGAAGUUGGUUUCUAUUAAAGUCUGAUAAGGCUGGAACAGGUUCAGCCAGCUCCCAGAUCAGCCACCUCGCCUUUGAACUACAAUGUGGUUGCUGUAAACAGAACAAAGUUUUCCACCGCCAAGUAACAGGUCCAUCUACUGCCAGGAAAGCGGUGAAUCAUCAGAAGAAUGCCAGGAAUGGCUCAGCCAUAAGGAACUUUCCUUCGUAAAGGGCCAAAUCUACAAUUCUGGUCUUUUAUUAUUAUGGAAACCUUUCUGUGAGAGCAUCUUUGCGUGUGUGUGCGUGUGUCUGUGUGUGUGUUCAUCCCCCUCAGUGAGUUUAUAGGUUGAGAUCCGACAUUUUUUUGUCAACCUCUGCUUCAGCACUGUGGGUUACUGUGACAUGAAGGUGGCAAGGGCCACAGCUGAGAUGCUCACCAUAUUGCACCCCUAUUGUUACGAGGGGUUGAGGAAAGCACAAUGUAGAAGUAACCUAUAGGGCACCAUCAAUCAGUAUUAAAUAUCACACAGUACGUCAGAGUAGUCACAUUGAUACACCAGCAAGGUGUGGAGGUGCUGCUAGUACAGAUGAUAAGUGGUGCAGUAAGCAGGAGGCAUUACAGGUUUGAGAAAUUGUUGGUAUCACAAAGCAACACCAGAAUCAGCUUCAUAAUCACUGACAUACAGUAUGUUGUUAAAUUUGCUGUUUUACAACAGUUCAGUGCAAAACAGUAAGUUACUAUAAAUUAAAACUUAAAUAAGGAAUAAAGAAGCAGUGUUCAUGGACCGUACAGAAAGCUGACGGUGGAGGGGAAGAAGCUGUUCCUAGCUGAUAACAAUGCAAUCACUGACUUUUGAAUGUGCACUAAAAAAAAAAAUCCCUUGAUGUGAAUGGAGAUGCUCCAAGUAACCUCGUCCUUCGACAGCUACUGAAAAGUUUUAUCCCAUUGGGCCAACGGAAAUGUAAAACUGUGGCGGGAGGGUUAGGGAACAUGCACUGUUUGACAGUAAUGGUAGAAAGAAAGAAUGAAUGAAUGAAUGCUUUCUUCUUUUUCCAAGAACCAGUUUUCACUCCUUCCCAUUGCUUCAUCUUCUGAAUUAGCGAGGGCCGAAUGGGGAUACGAUGGUGCACCUGCGCUCAGAGCUCACGCUGGUAUAGAUAGAUCUUGCUGGUCAGAACAAGUAUCAACAUCACAUGCUUUGCAUACAAGCUGUACUGGGCCAUCAACAUUUCUGAAUAGACUGGCCUCUCUGGCAUCCGCCAGUGCCUCUCACAUACCAAUUACCUUGUGUAAGGUGUCAUCCACAAAGGUCAUUUCCUUAAUCCUUGCAUGUCAAUCAUCUCGUAUUGUUACGACAACAUGCACAUAUCCUCAGCAGAAUUCAGGUGGAAGAACAAACAUUGGGAUUAAUAGCAGGGGUUCCCAACCUUUUUCAUGCCAUAGACCAACACCAUUAAAAGCAGGGGUCCAGACCACAGGUUGGGAACCCCUGAUUUAUAGAAAAGUUCUUUCUCACCCACUGGUAGUCCUUAUUUCCUUGAUACGCAGACCAAUGUCACUUUUCCACAAUUCCUUCAAUACCAAGAAUGUAUAUAAAAUGCACCUCUGGGGUUAUUGUUGGCCAAAUCAUUUAAUAUGAAUCGAAAAAGUCUUCUAUUCUUGCAUUUUGCAGCAAAUGCCCCUUGUAACAUUGAAACUCAGUGCCAUUUGUGAUUGCAGCACCAGUGGUCAUACAAUUGUUGAACUGAAGACAAUCCUUUAUAGGUCUAAGUUUAUGUGCGAGAAUUUUUGGAUAGAUUUAUGGUUAUAAUAAGAAAAAUAAAGGCUGAAUGAUCAGAUUUCAUCUUACUUACAAAAGAUUCAUAAUCUUACAUCACAAUGGCUGACCAACAGAACAGAUGUGGGAUAUGAAAGUAGGUUCUGUAAUCAGAUUAUUUUCCCAGUGUAAGUUUCCCUAAUUUCCAUAAUCAUGGCCUUUCACUAUUGUUUUAAGCAGUGCUCUAAUUUUACUAACAAGAAAAAAUAUAUACAUUACAAUUAAAUAUACUCCAGAUUUGGAUAUUUACUUAAACACCUAUCAUCAGAGUCUUUAACUAAGGAGAUAAAGCAUUCAUAGCCACAAAAGAAAUACAGUCCUUGCUUGCCACUAUCCAGAGCAUAUAAAAGCUAACAUGCAGACACCAUGUACUGAAGAGCAUCAAAAACUGAAACAUCAAAUCAGUGUGAUGUUUCAGUUUGAGUUAAAGUGUUAUAUGGUGUAUUCUGACAUCUGAAUUAUUAACAAACUUGCAUCAACAGAACUACUUGUCUUCCAUUUUCUGUAUUUGAUUUUUAUCAAAAGAAUUCUUCCACUUGUAAUUAUGUUUACAAGUUUAUCAAUCUAAAAAUCUUAAGUAUAACUGAUGCCAAGUGUGGUUUAUUUAUUUGAAAAAUAUGGUGCCACUGUCUCUAUUCUUUCUGCAAGACUCCAAAGUGGUAUUGCCUGAUAUUGUCAGCAACUAUAUCCUAUACAAUGGCUGACUAUGUUACAUCUUUUGUGUUAUAUGCAUGUGUUCCUAUACAAAAUCCACUUGCACUGAUCAAGUGUCUGAUAUUUCUUGUCAAACAAGAAUUAUUUUCUAUAAAAUUUCUAUUUUAUCUGAUUAUUUCAGGUAUAUUUUAUUGUUUAAAGCCAAAAUAUAUAACUUAUACACAAGGUUGUAAGCUAAAUUUAUGUAUAGUC